AUGAAUGCAGGCUACAUUACAGGUAUGGCUUACUCAGUCCUCGCUAGUUUACCACCAGUUUUUGGCCUUUAUGCUUCUUUUUUCCCGCCUUUGUUUUAUUUUUUAUUCGGCUCCUCAAGGCACAUUUCAAUAGGAGUUACCGACCUAACGCCGGUCGAUGUCAUUGUGCUACUUGCUUUCCUGACGGGUAUUGUACAGUUGCAGCUAGUAAUUUGGGUCCUGCGCCUGUCGUUUUUCUCAACGUAUUUGACCGAUUCGGCUGUGACCGGGCUGACGUUUGGUGCCGCAAUACACGCUUUGACGGCUCAGAUCAAAGGAUUGCUUGGGAUCCACCUGGAAGGCACCACCGAGGGUUUCCUUCAACUCUUUGAGGAAUGGUUGGCGAUAGCGGAAAGAGUACCGGACACGAACCUCGUUACCUUAGCCAUAUCCAUUUCGACAAUCGUAUUCCUCCUUCUGUAUAAGGAGCUCGUCGAACCUCACUUAAGAAGAAAGAGAAUUUCACUUCCAGCCGAACUUCUUGUUGUGAUUUCGAUUCGUAUUUGGGUAGAAAUUCAGCUAUUCAGGUUGCCAGCUCCACGGAUACCGCGCUUUGAACGAGUCUUGAUUGAGCGCCUCAUAGUUCCAGCAAUUAGUAUUGCUGUUGUUUCCUAUGCCGUUACUGUAUCCAUGGGAAAACUGUUUGCUCGAAAACACAAGUACCACAUCGACCCAGAUCAGGUAUAA